AAAAUACUGGCCUGGAAUCGAGGCUAAUCCAUCUGAAAAUGAAGUUCUUUUUGUCUGGUCACUAUAAAUAUUAUUUGAUGAAGAACUGUCGGUCCGAACUGUCAGCAUUCCAUUUGCCGGAAAAAUUGCGCUGCAAAUUGUGGGUUUUCAGAGAAAAUACUGUGGAUAAUAAAUUAUAAGCAUUUUUAAAGAUAAGUAUUGCUUUGUAAUCGUUCAGCCGUAUUAAAGCACCAAUCUGUGUUACAAUACCCGAUGAGAGAAAAAGGGAACUAGCAGAAUGUAAGUAGAAACUAGAGAGAUUCAAGAAAUGAUGUGUGCAAUGAUGAAGAUGAAGAUGGAAAGGGAUAAAUUGAGGCAAGAAUCGAUGCCACUGAGAGAGGGGAGGAAAUCAACUGAUUUACUCAAUCAGAUAUUACAAUUAGCUUGUAAGUUGAAGUUUUAUACGUACAUGCACUGAUUUGUUCAUUUACGCAGCUUUAAAAAGAUAGGCAUGGAAGAGCUAUUGUUGACAAUUUUGACAACUUUCUGGGUGCAGGUAUGCCACAGAUAAACUGUAUACACAUGUAACUCGAAAUGUUCGAGGCACUUAGCCCUUUCCCAGCCAUAGCCGUCUUGAGGCGGCAUUGGAAUUCAAAAAUUCGUUGUGCACACUGUAGGUAUACCUGCACAUGGCGCCUUGAGCUGCUCUUUCACGUGGUAUUAUUAAUUAUGCUGACUCGAUGACCUUUUGAUAAUAGCAUAGAUAUAAGAGGUAGAGGGAUAAUGUAAAUAGGAAAACCAGGGGGUUCUCCCACUGGAUCUGCUGUCUGCUUCUAUAUGUAGACAUCUUUACUUAGCAUGCAUGGUCGGUAUAGCUCAAAGCUUUGCAAACCAAAAGAGGGUGGGGCUGGACAUUGUCAGUAACCACACAACCACAUGCAUAGACCACAUAUAUGUAGGGGUAUAAAUUCGUGGAAAGAUUCUUCAAAAAGGUCCCUAAAUCAACAAACUGUUCAGUGUAAGCAAGCAAGAUGUGUACCUCCAAAGAGAAUGCGUUUGAUGAAAUGUAUCAACUUGUCAAACCAUUUCAUAAGCUGUACGGUCUUCUAGUUCCAGGAUAUAUGAAGGCAGAUCAUUUCGAAUCUCUAGCCACCCUCCAACUUGAUUCUAGUGAUGUGUGGAUCUCAACAUUUCCCAAGACAGGAACAACUUGGACACAACAGAUAGUCAAGUUGAUUCGCAAUCAAGGUGAAGAAGAUGACGUACAAAUCACAAAGAGUGUUCCUUGGGUGGACAACUCCGAUUAUGCUGAUAUAGACAUACCCUCACUGCCAAAGCCUCGUGCAUUUAAGAGUCAUAUGCCGUACAAUCUAAUGCCCUGUGGCCUUCCGAACACCACUCCCUGUAAGUACAUCUAUGUUGCACGCAAUCCAAAAGAUGUGGCUGUAUCGCUGUACUUUCAUUACCACAAAAUGCAUGCUCUACCGGACAAAAAGAUAGACUGGAAUCUCUUUUUUUGCAACUUUCUUAAUGGGAAUGUAGUAUUUGGAGACUUCUUUGAUCAUGUUCUGAGCUGGUGGCCUCACAGAAACGAUGAUAAUGUUCUCUUCCUCAAAUUUGAAGAUAUGAAGAGAGAUUUACGAGCAGUUGUUGUACGCAUAGCACAGUUCAUUGGAGCGGAUAUUUCAGAUGAGAUUGUUGCAAAAGUGACAGAUAAAAGCACCUUCAAAGCAAUGAAAGCCAACGCUGCAGCUAACUACUCAUGGAUCAAGACGAAUAAUCCUGGCACAACUGACUUCAUGAGAAAGGGAGAAGUGGGAGAUUGGGAGAAUUACUUCACUGCUGAGCAGUCGACGGAGAUGGACAAAGUGUGCAGAGAGAAAUUGCAAGGAACUGGAUUAGACUUUACAUUCAAGAUUUAAGUUACUAUACCGGUAUAUAUAAGUUACUAUAGUAUUAUACGAUUGUAUGUACGUAUGUAGAAUUAUCAAUUGACAAUGGAAUGUACAAAAUUAUUGUUUAUCAUUAAAAAAUCUGGUCUAUUCUGUAGAGUUCUGCUUGAAUAUCCUACUCUCCAAACUCGAACACUAGUCCAGUGUGUCUUCGCGAGCUUCUCUUGACAGGAGGUCAAUCUUGGUAGACUGCUCGGAUGUCACCAGUCACCCACCUCCCCUUCCUCAGAAAAUCAAUGGCUGAAUAAUUGGCAGUUUGUCUUAUUGUUUGAACAACAACUUUGUCGAUCCCCUCGUCAGAAGUGUCAGCACCAAUGAACGUUCAUUUUUAGUAUAGAGCUUGAAAAAAGGCAGAAAAGAAGCUCUUGAGAUUGACCAUAUUCCUGGACUUGCCAUGUUGACUUCAUGAAGCCACCCACCAUUGAACUUGUAAAUCUGUAUGUAGGUGAAAAAAACUCCCGGGUAAGGAGUAGUCUCGCACCAGCCCUGAUUAGA